CUGUGCCCAGUGACACUCAUACUCUCAGCAGAGACCUCCUAGAACCUCACUGGGAAUCGAGACCUGGAGUACCUGCAAUUUCCAGGUCCCAUAUCCAGAAACAAACCCAGGAAGGACCCCGAGGAAGGUCUUUUCCCACUCCCUUCCUUGCUCUAGCUCUGUCUCCUGCCCCUGUAAAGGCUCUGCUCUCCCUCCUUGCAGACAGCCCGUCGGCUCCAGUCAAUGUCACGGUCAAACACCUGAAAGCCAACUCGGCCGUGGUGACUUGGGAUGUUCUGGAGGACGAAGUUGUCAUUGGAUUUGCAAUUUCCCAACAGAAGAAGGACGUGCGGAUGCUGCGCUUCAUCCAGGAGGUGAACACCACCACCCGCUCCUGUGCCCUCUGGGACCUAGAGGAGGACACUGAGUACAUUGUGCAUGUCCAGUCCAUCAGCAUCCAAGGCCAGAGCCCUGCCAGUGAGCCAGUCCUCUUCAAGACCCCCAGGGAAGCUGAGAAACUAGCCUCUAAAAAUAAAGAUGAGGUGACAAUGAAGGAGAUGGCGAAGAAAAACCAACAGCUGCGAGCGGGGGAAAUUCUCAUCAUUGUUGUGGUGUUGUUUAUGUGGGCAGGGGUGAUCGCCCUGUUCUGCAGACAGUACGACAUCAUCAAAGACAACGAGCCAAACAACAGCAAGGAGAAAGCCAAGAGCGCCUCGGAGAACAGCACCCCGGAGCACCAGGGCGGGGGGCUCCUGCGCAGCAAGUUUCCAAAAAACAAGCCCUCAGUGAAUAUCAUCGAAGCAUGACAGGCCUGUCACCUGAUCGAUGGACUCCAUCCCUCACUCUCACUUUCUGCCUCUGAGCCGUGAUGACUGGGGAGGUGAAACAUUGUCAGAGCGACCUGGAAAGAGACCCAGUGAUUGUCACCUGCUGGCAGACAUCUCCUCCCACCUCCUGCAAAACAUCUGGCCAGGAAGGAAAAUCC